AUUUUUCUAUUGUCCAAUAAAGCCAUCUCUAUGUUGAACAGAAUAAAGCCCUGAAAACUAUGGAGGAAGUGGCUCUUCAGAUCCUUGUUCUUUGUCAGGUUGGGCCAGGGACAGUGGCCAAUAUCCUUCUGUUUAUCCAUAAUUUCUCUCCAAUUGUGACUGACUCUCAGAUGAGGCCCAUUCAAAUCAUUCAAACAAACUUGGCCAUAGCAAAUGUCUUCAUUAUCCUCCUCUUAUUCCUUACAAACAACAUGACAGUUGGGUUUUUAAAAAGGACCCUAACUGACCUCAGUUGUAAACGUGGGUACUUCCUGUACUUGGUGGCUCGAAGUACUAAUAUGUGCUUCACCUGUGCCCUGAGUACUUAUCAGUUUGUCACUCUUGUUUCUGGUAACUGGGGUAGGGUCUUGCUUAGAGGAAGAGCAACCAAGGUUGUUAGCUAUUCUUGUUAUAGUUGUUGGUUGUUCAGCAUCUUAAAUAAUGCUUACAUUCCAAUGAAAAUCAGUGGUCCACAAAAACCAAACAAUGGCAUUGAUGUUAAAGUUAAGUGGGUCUGCUCCAUCUCUGAUUUCAGUGUAGGCAUGAACUUCUUGCGGUUUGCUCACGACAUCAUCUUCAUCAGUAUCAUGCUCUGGACCAGUGUCUCCUUGGUACUUCUCCUGAGAAAACACCACCUGAGACUGCAGCACAUUCACACACCUAUUCAGGACCACAGAGGAUAUGCUGAGAUCAGAGCAUCCCAUACCAUCCUCAUGGUGGUGGUCACAUUUGUAAGCUUUUAUUUUCUAGACUGCAUUUGUACCUUCUUUCGCGUUUCUUUUGUGAACACUUGUCUCUGGUUAGGGCAUGUCAAAGAAGUUUUAGCUAUAAGCUUCCCUACCAUUUAUCCCUUAAUAUUGAUAUUUAGAGGUCCUAAAAAUCAUUGUUCUCUUUUCUUCACUGUGCAACCACUAAACCAUGUGACUAGAUGA